AUGUCGGGAUACGAAAGCGGGACCUCGUUGCCCUCGCGCGCACUCAAGAACAGCGACAACUACACGCAGAUGGAGUCGCCUCGCGCGUCGGCGCAGUCGCUCGAGCUGCCCUCGCACCGCGUCGUAGACGUCCCGUCCGCUAGCACGCGCUCGUUCUCCUCGGCCGACCUCUACUCGGUCGACGCCAAGAUGGCGACCAACGCCGCGCCAAGCUACGCGGGUCCCUGCACGCCUCUGCCGGGCCACCGCGCCCGCUUCUUGAGCGACACGGAGCUGCUGCUCGCUGCGAACCCCGUGCCCACGCGCGAGUCGUUUGCGACGCUCAACGAGACGGACGACAAGACGUGGCCGCACCGCUCGACGGAGCUCAUUGCCAAGAUGCUCAAUACCAACUUUGAGCGCGGCCUCAGCGCCAUGGACGUCGAGCGCCGGCUCGUGCGCUAUGGCGAGAAUGCGCUCGAGCAGGAAGCGCGGACGCCAGUUGCUGUGGUCUUUCUCUUGCAGUUUUACAACGUGAUCAUUGCCAUGCUGCUGUUUGCUGCGCUGGCGUCGCUCGCGCUGCAAGAGUGGGUCGAAGGCAUUGCGAUUUUGGUGAUUGUGACGCUCAACGCGGUCAUUGCGACGUUCCAAGAGUACUCGGCCAGUAACGCGCUGGCUGCGCUCGCGAGUCUGUCGAGCCCGCAGUCGCUCGUGCUGCGCGACGGUGUGCAGCAAGUGGUCGACAGCAAACUGCUCGUGCCGGGCGACGUCGUGAUUCUCGUCACGGGCGACGUCGUGCCGGCCGACAUGCGGCUGUUUACGAGCGUGGACUUGAAAUGCAACGAGAUGCUGCUCACGGGCGAGUCGGAAGACGUGCCGAAGAAGUACAAUGCACCGCUCGCAAGUGCCUCGAAGCCUGCCAAGCUGACGGCUGGGAAUAUGGUGUUUUCGUCCACGACGAUCACCGCAGGGAACGCACGCGGCGUGGUCGUGGAGACGGGCAUGCACACGCGUGUCGGCUCGAUUGCAGCGCUCUUACAAGCGCAGAGUGAGGUCCCCACCGCCUCAGGCGCGCGCAAGUGGAUCCGCAAUCCAGUUGGCGACUGCAUUGCAAAGCACCAGCCCAAGCUCACGCCACUGCAGAGAGCGUUGCACCACAUGGGCUUUAUCAUGGGCAUGAUUGCGCUGAGCGUGGCGCUGCUGGUCUUUAUUGUCGGCAUGGUCCGCGGCACGGACGACCCUCGCCAUCCCGACCGACCGACGUAUUUGACGAUGAUCAUGACCGCCGUGUCGAUUGCAGUAAGUGCCGUGCCGGAAGGUUUGCCAAUGGUCGUGACGAUCUGUCUGUCGUCUGGCACGGCCGACAUGAUAAAGAAAAACGUGCUCGUGCGGAAGCUUGCAGCCGUGGAGACGCUAGGUGCAGCUUCAGUCAUUUGCACAGACAAGACGGGUACCCUGACAGAGGGCAAGAUGACUGCUGUGAAGCUCUGGGGCGAUUUCCGAGAGUACACGAUCACCGGCAAGGGGUUUAACCCCGAAGGCGCAAUCCUCUCGUCUGACGGAGUCAACCAAGCUCCUGCUGAGGCUGGAAACGUUCAAGUCCGAGCCACUCUGAUGGCCUCCGUGCUCUGCAGUAACACGCAACUCAAGGAAGUUGAAGACGAUGAUGGCGAUACUUCACGAUGGUUACCAUUCGGCAACUCGUCCGAGGCUCCAUUGGUCGUAGCAGCUGCAAAAGCAGGCAUCUGGGAAGAAAAUCUGCUGGAAGACUACCCACGCCUCGUCGAAGUGCCAUUUAGCUCGUCGCGCAAGAUGAUGAUCACAGUGAACGCGGUUCCAGUCGUACAUGGCUCUGGGAUGUUUGACGCACUAGUGCUCCCUGGUGCCGUAGCGCCGAAGCUCGUGGCCAGCGUCAAGGGCGCUCCAAAUUACAUUCUGCAAAACUGUACUCAGUACUGCCGAAGAAACGGCACGUUUGAGCCGCUGAACAGUGUGCACCGUAAUGAGAUUGCCGCGGCUGUGGAGGAGUUGUCAUCGCAGGCUCUUCGCGUGCUCGCAGUAGCCAUCCAACCAUUGCAUGAACUGCCUUACGCCCGCGAUUGCGACGAUGUCGACGAGAAAUUUGCUGCUCUUGCCAAGCCGCUCGUGUUCUUGGGUCUAAUGGCAUCCAUUGAUCCAGAGCGCGACGGAGUGCGUGAUGCCAUCGCGACUGCACGCGUAGCCUCCAUUCGCACCGUGAUGAUCACGGGAGAUUACCUAGCCACGGCAGUCGCAAUUGCCAAGAACAUUGACCUCUUGCAAGUCGGUGCUGAUCUCGAAGCUCAAGCAACGGACUGCACCAAACUUCGUCUCAAGGGAAACGCGUAUCUCCCACCAGCCGACAUCGACGAGAUCACCUCGCGUACGUUGGUGUUUGCUCGGGCCAAGCCGGAAGAUAAGAUCGAGAUCGUCAAGUCGCUUCAACGUCAAGGCCUCAUUGCUGCGAUGACUGGCGAUGGCGUCAACGAUGCACCAGCGCUUAAGGAAGCGGAUAUUGGCGUGGCCAUGGGCAUAUCGGGCACCGAGGUCGCCAAGGGCGCUUCUGACAUGAUCCUGACCGACGACAAUUUCUGCAGCAUCGUGGCGGCAGUGGAGAAGGGACGAGUCAUUUACGCCAACAUCCAGAAGUUUGUCAUGUUCUUGCUGUCCACGAACAUUGGCGAGAUCGUGCUCAUCUUCUUGUCGGUGGCUGGAGGGUUUCCGCUUCCACUGGAAGCGCUCCAUAUUCUGCUUCUCAACCUGUUUACCGACGGGAUGCCUGCCGUAGCAUUGAGCUUGGAGAAGGGCGACCCGCACAUCAUGAACGACAAGCCUCGUCACAAGGGCUCGCCAUUGAUUGUCGGACGUCUGUGGCUGCUUGUGCUGUUCAAUGCCUUCCUGCUGCUAGCAGGCGCCCUGACUACCUUUUUGUUGGGACUGUACUGGAACUUUGGCGAGCUGUUAUCGGACGAUAUCUACUACGCUGGUGGCGGUCCCCGUGGCACAGACUACACAGACGUGACGUGCCUUCGCUGGGGAGGCAUGAACGACGGGUGGCGAACGUAUGGCAAUUGUGCUGCACGGGGCACCGACGGGAUGUACAUCUUUGGCGAAGAAGUGGCAGCCAUGUCUUCGUUCGAAAACGCCACAAUGUACUGUGAGGGAGGACGCGACUACGAUUGCCUUUCGGAGGGUCUGGGUCGCACGCAGACGAUGGUGUUCUUGGGUUUGGCUUUCACGGAGGUGCUCCGAGCCUACACAGUGCGUCACUUCACGGAUCCAGUGUUCACGCGGAUGCUGUCGAACGGAUACAUGCAGCUCGCAGCGUGCAUGUCGUUGGUGCUUACUAUCCUCGUAUCCAACGUCCCUGUCAUCAUGGACGACGUCUUCGGCUUCGAGUACAUCACGUGGUUCCAGUGGCUUGUGGUUGUUGCUGUCGCAUUCAACAGCGCGUUCUGGGGCGAAAUGCUCAAAUCAAUUCUGAGGCGGCAGGAUCGCGCACAGGCUCGCUGGGACCACAUGAAGGCUGGAUUCGACGAGAUUUUGCUCGAGAUUCGGCAUGUGCGUCUUCACGUCGAGCGACUCGAAGCCGGCAGCGGUGGCGUGAAGCUCGAGUAA